GUGGUGAUGAAUUUAACAUCUUACGGUCACCUCAGUCCGUUGUUUUUCGGGAUGGAGGUUGGCCUUCCUGGUGAGCGGAUUCCAGAUGUAGCUGCCUUAUCCAUGGGCUUUUCUGUUGAAGAGGAGCUUUCGUGGCCUGGGCUUGCAGUGGGUGAUCUGUUUCACAGACCACGAGCUACUGUGCUGGUAACAGUGAAAGGAGUAGACAAGCUGACAUUACCGGUUAAAGGGAUUUCUUACCCUAUUGAGAAUGCUGUUCCUUUCAGUCUUGACAGUGUUGCAAACGCUAUUCAUAGCUUGUUCUCUGAGGAAACUCCCGUGGUCUUGCAGCUGGCCCCCAGUGAGGAAAGAGUGUACAUGGUGGGCAAGGCAAACUCUGUGUUUGAAGACCUUUCUGUCACGCUGCGUCAACUGCGAAACCGCUUGUUCCAGGACAACUCCAUUCUCAGCUCCCUUCCUCUCAACUCCCUCAGCAGAAACAAUGAGGUGGACUUGCUUUUCCUGUCAGAGCUACAAGUCCUACAUGAUAUUGCAAGCCUGCUGUCUCGACACAAACCUAGCCAAAGAUCACUCUCCAGACCUGUAUUCUCUGGAAUUAGCUGGUUUGGAGGAGAUUGGGAAACAUAUGGAGAAGACUCUCAGCAGUUCAAAGAUGCUUCUCAAAUUCUUGUGGACUCCUUGCAAAAGUUUGCAGAUGAGAUGUUUAAUCUGUACAGUGGGAAUGCAGUAGUAGAAGUGGUGGCUGUAAAGGCAUUUAAUUCUCCCCUCGUGAGGAAGACUCGCUCCAUUCUCCAGUCUUCACAGAGUGAAACGGACAAUCCAUAUAACCUUGCCUAUCCCUACAACUACAACUACUCUGUAAUUUUCAACAUUAUUCUGUGGAUGAUGAUUGGUCUUGCUUUAGCUGUGAUAGUUAUCUCCUACAACCUCUGGAACAUGGAUCCUGGGUAUGACAGCAUUAUUUAUAGGAUGACAAAUCAGAAGAUAAGAAUGGAUUGAACUACACUGUAUUUCAGCACAAGGAAAUGAUGAAGAGUAAGAUCUCCUUUAAACUGUGUGGGAAACUAAUAUUCUGACAUGGUUAAUUGUGGAAUUUUUUUUAAGGUGUAUUUAUUUCUAAGUUUGUUUGCCUUUUUCCUCUGAAGCCUAUUUUAAAUGUUAGUAGUAGCACCAGAUGGAAUAUAGAAGUUGAAACCUGCUUGUUUAUAAAAAAACCCAAACAAAAACAGUCCCCAAACUAGCUGUUAAUGAAGUAACAUCAUUCCAUUUUUUUAUCAUGUAACAUGAGUUUUUGAAAUGCCCUGUACUGCCCGUGGCUAUGUGCAAAACAGAGAAAUUGAAGUUACAAUAGCAACACGUUGUUUGAAACUUCUACAC